AUGGCUUUGCAGUGGGUCAAUCGCGCAGGUGCGCUGCGGCACCUGCACCUCGGCGAUGCCUUAUUCCGCCCUAGUCGUGUGGUUGCAGUGCAGAACCAACUUCGUCGGCUUUGCAUAUCUAGUCAGUCUCAAUCAAAGACUGCACGAAUUGGAGGCUUCUCGUCCAUCACUUCGCAACAAACCCACUCAUUCGCGACCGAUGCCACUACAAAGCCCAAGCGAUCCACCAAGUCUACCGAUGGCAAGACCAAGAGCACCACGGCGAAGAAGACCAAGACCAAAGCUAAGGCCACGAGCAAGCCUAAGCCCAAGCGCCAGUUGACCGAGAAACAGAAGGAGGCUAAGGAGAAGCAGAAAGCUCGUGAGCAGUUGAAGGAGCUCAAGGAGAUCGCCCUGACAUCUCCGAAGAAGCUUCCUCAGUCCGCAUACUUGCUUGCUGUGAAGGAUAAGAUGCCAGAGGUCAGGACUGAAGGCCAGACCCAGAAGGAGAUCUUCACAGCUACUGUCGAAGUUGUGAAGGGUCUCUCUCCGCUUGAACAAGAGCGAUUUCAACACCAAGCCGACCAGAACAAAGCUACCAACGAGGCUGCGUACGCCGAUUGGGUUCAGACUCACACCCCACUUCAGAUCAAGGCGGCCAACAUUGCGCGCCGUCAGCUUGCAAAGCUUCUGGGUAAGCCCUGCCGUCUCAUCAAGGAUGAGCGUCUCGUCAAGCGUCCCGGCACUGCCUACAUUCAGUUUGCGAAGGAGCGCAACCAGAGCGGUGAUUUCAAGCACAUGCCCGUACCACAGAUCAGUCUGCGUAUCAGGGACGAGUGGAACAACCUGACUGAGUCGGAGAAGGAACCUUAUAACAAGCUAGCCGUUGAAGAUAAGGAGCGCUACAUUCGUGAGCACCAGGAAGUUUACGGCGAGCCUGCUAAGUUCACCACCAAGUCGGAAUCAGCAUGA